GUGGUCGCCGGCCUCCCACUCGCGCCUGGUUGCCCGGGCCUGGGGGUCGUGCAUGUCAUGGCCCAGCGCCUGUCAGACCAGUGCGCCCCGGACGCCGCACUGUCCAAGGCCGCCGCCGCUCUGCUGCAGCGGCUGCCCCCAGCGGCAACCGUCGGUGUCGACGGGGCGGCGGCGGGGGCGGCGGCGGGCGACCUGGGGGAUCUGGAGGAAGUCAUCGGGCAGCUGCGGGGCAUGUGCCUUUCGAUGGAGCCCGCGCUGGCUGGGGCAGAGGGCGCUGGCGCGUCCGCGGCAGGGGCAGCAUUGGCGGCGACGCCGGCGGCGGCCGCGAAAUCCGGGCGUGGGGGGGCCACUGCGCGGCGUGGGCGUGGGGCCUCGGGCCGGGGCGGCGGCAAGGCAACGUUGGCGGCGCGGGUGGCGGCGCAGGCAGCGAACUCGGAUGGCGAUGAGGCCGCGCCGAGCAGCGCCGCAGCUGCCGGGUCGGUGGGGACGGGCGCGCGGCGGCUGCCGCAGCGGUCGACGCGCAGCAAGGGGCGGUCCCUGGUGGGGGUGCUGCUGUCAUCCUCCUCCUCCAGCAGCGGGGAUGAUGACGCCGAUGACGUCACCAUGGACGACGAUGACGUCACGGCCCCGCGGCGCGGCGGCGGCGCCGGCGCGCCCGGGCCGCCCGCGGUGGCGGCGAGCAAGCCGUCCGUCGCCGCAAGGAUCGGCGGCGCCCGGCGUGUAGCGGUGGCAGCCCCGCCCGCCCCGCCGCCGCCCGCGGGCCCCCGAAGCGCUGCGGGCGACGAGUGGCCGGGCGUGAUUCAGACCGAGGAGGAGGAGGAGGAGGAGGAGGAGCAAGAAGGGCCGGGCGUUAUUUCAACCGAGGAGGAGGAGGAGCAAGAAGGGCCGGGCGUGAUUCAGACCGAGGAGGAGGAGGAGGAGGAGGAGCAAGAAGGGCCAGGCUUUAUUCAGACCGAGGAGGAGGAGGAAGAGGACAGCCGCUCAUCCCCUGAGGUGGGCCCCGCGCCGUCUCCGAGGCUGGCACCGCGCCGGGCGCGGCGUAGCGGGGGCCCGCGGGGGGCUGGCGCCGCGUCGCCGCUGGAGGGGCUGCAGCAACAGGGCGAGGAGGAGCAGGCGGAGGAGGAGGGAGAGGAGGAGGAGGACGGUUGGGUGUCAGCUGAGGAGGCGGAGGAGGCGGAAGACGGCAGCUCCAGCCCAGUUUGGGGCCAGGAGGAAGCAGUCCCCACGCAUGAGAAGCGCGCCUCGCACACGCCCUCGCUGGCGCCCGCCGCCGCGCGCCAGCCGCUCGGCGCCAGCGCGGCGGCCAACGCCUCGCGCCCGGCCGCGCCGCCGCCGCGGUGGGGCGGCGGCGGCACGGUGGGGCCGGCGCGGAAGGCGGCGCUUUCGGUGGGGGGCGGCGCGCGGCGAGUGACGGUCGAGGUGCGGUCUGACAGCGGCGAAGACGAGUGA